UGUCGGAAACGCUGUCAGGCUGGAAUACUGCACGUGUUUGAGGGUGCUGCAGAAGGAACAUGAGCGCUCAGCUCCGGCUGGCAGAGAGACCCGAGAGAGGACACAAAAGCUUUCAUGCCGACGUUUUCUGCUCACUUCUUCACCGUUAACACACAGCCAGACGACAACACGCCCCCCGGCUGCUCAGAGGAGCGUGAAGCAGGACGACACUGACCCGUUAACGGACGGAGAAGCAGAACAACACACCGGGGCGAAGGAAGAAAGUUAUUGGUCUCUGUUCCCGGGCCUGUGUGUUGUUGUCUACCCGCUAGUCACUGUAGCAGCUUCAUAAGUUGACUUUCUUACUAUUUUAACUCUAAAGAACUGGUGAGAGUGUAUUUGGAUGUCAUGGCGGACUACCUGAUCAGCGGGCAGACCGGUUACAUCCCCGACGACGGGCUGUCGGGAACGCAACUGUUCAACGGAGGAGACGGGCUGACAUACAACGACUUCCUGAUCCUGCCGGGCUACAUCGACUUCUCAUCAGACCAAGUGGACCUGACCUCAGCGCUCACCAAACAAAUCACCAUGAAGACUCCCUUCGUCUCCUCUCCCAUGGACACCGUCUCAGAGGCCAACCUGGCCAUAGCUAUGGCACUUACCGGUGGCAUCGGCUUCAUCCACCACAACUGCACUCCAGAGUUCCAGGCCAAUGAAGUUCGGAAAGUCAAGCGCUAUGAGCAGGGCUUCAUCACGGACCCCGUGGUGAUGAGCCCCAGCGAGCGCGUUCGGGACGUCUUCCAGGCCAAGGCUCGCCACGGCUUCUGUGGAAUCCCCAUCACAGACACCGGGAAAAUGGGCGGCAAGCUGGUGGGCAUCAUCUCCUCCAGAGACAUCGACUUCCUGAAGGAGGAGGACCACAACCUGCCGCUGAGCGACGUGAUGACGAAGCGAGAGGACCUAGUAGUCGCCCCCGCUGGAGUUACACUGAAAGAAGCGAAUGAAAUCCUCCAGAGGAGUAAGAAAGGUAAGCUGCCUAUAGUGAAUGAGGAGGGGUCCCUGGUGUCCAUCAUCGCACGCACAGACCUGAAGAAGAACAGAGAUUUCCCUCUGGCCUCUAAAGACUCACGCAAACAGCUGCUGUGUGGCGCUGCCAUCGGCACCCACAACGACGACAAGUACCGGCUGGACCUGCUGGUGCAGAGCGGCGUGGACGUGGUUGUUCUGGACUCCUCUCAGGGCAACUCAAUCUAUCAGAUCAACAUGAUCAAGUAUAUCAAAGAGAAGUAUCCUCACCUGCAAGUCAUUGGAGGCAAUGUGGUGACUGCAGCUCAGACUAAGAACCUGAUCGAUGCAGGAGUGGACGGGCUGAGGGUGGGCAUGGGCAGCGGCUCCAUCUGCAUCACACAGGAAGGUGAGUGAGA